AUGGCUGAGUCGAAAGACCCCAAGAUAAAGCUUUUUGGCAAAACUAUUGAGCUGCCGGAAAAUCCAGCGGCGGCGGCGGAUGAAGACGGAGAGUCCGGCCCGGCUGUGUGUUUUGAGCCUUCUGUAGGGGACGGCUCGAGCCAGGAUCUACCGUGUUCGUCUGAUUCCAUGGCUGAAGACUGCAACUUUAUGAGUAUGGAUGCAGAGGAGCAAGAUACAGUCAAGAUCCCGUCGAAUUGCAAGAAACAUCAUUCAAAAGACGAAGAUGAAAAUCCAUUGGGCCCUCAAAAAUCGGAAAAGCCUGAAUAUCCAACCAACUCCGACCCGAACAAACCCGCCCCAAAUACCCAGCAAGACAAUCCCGAUACGGAAGGUGGCCCGAACGAGAAGGCCUUGAAAAAGCCCGACAAGAUCCUCCCGUGCCCUCGGUGCAACAGCACGGACACCAAAUUCUGUUACUUCAACAACUACAACGUGAACCAGCCGCGCCAUCUGUGUAGGAACUGCCAGCGCUACUGGACAGCUGGUGGCACCAUGAGAAACGUUCCCGUGGGCGCAGGGCGCCGUAAGAACAAGUGCUCCUCCUCCUCUAAUUUCACCCAGCUCCGCCACCUGGCGGUGGUCCCCCCCGAGGCCCGACCGGGUCCCACCGUCCUCGCUUUCGGGGGCUCGGACUCGCCCCUACGCGACUCCAUUGCGUCGGCCCUCCGCAACGCCGAUCAAACGGGUCGGGUCGGGCCUGGGCCCACGCGAUGGGCCUACCGGGGGCCCGUCCAGUGGGGCCCACCGUUCUACCACUUUGGGUGGAGCGUGCCGUGCGUUGUGCCAGCGAUGGGCCUGCCUAGGACGGGCCCCACGGUUUUAGGGCCGGGCUCAUUAGCGGCUCUCGGGAAGCAUUCGCGGGAGAUUGAAGUGGGAAAGGAGAAGGAGAAGGAGAGUGAUCCCGAGAAAUGUUUGUGGGUCCCGAAGACUCUGAGGAUCGACGACCCGCGAGAGGCGUCCAAGAGCUCGAUUUGGGCGACUUUGGGUAUAAAGAAAAACGAGGGUGGGGCCGACUCGGGCAAAGGCGGUCUUUUCAAGGCGUUUGGGCCGGAGCCCAAAGGGGAUGGGAAGACCCAUGUCUCGGAAGCUUCAACGGUGUUGCAAGCUAAUCCGGCAGCCUUGUCGAGGGCGUUGAGCUUCCACGAGAGCUCAUAA